AUAUUUUGAUAGACUGGCAUCGUUUGUGUUCAAAAGAGACAGCAUAAUAUAUCGUGGUGAUGGAGGAGGCGAAUGUAGACAACGAAAACCCCGAAAACGAAGCACGCGAUGACGAUGGCAUUACAGCCAAGAAAAAAUCGGCUACUACCAAGAUUGAAAUUUGUUUCACAACAUUGAAUAUACAUGGUGGCAACGACGUGGAGGCCCAGGUUUUGUAUGAGUACUUCGCUGCAUUCCCACGGCCCGUUGGUGUGUUGGCAUUGCAGGAAUGUCCCCGAACAAUUUUGCAGUGGCAAUUUCCGCCAGGAAAAAACCUGUGGUCCUCUCUCGACCUAAGGUAUUGUCAUUAUGCCGGGGCCGACUACAUGGGGAAUCUACUCCUAUCGCGAUACCCCUUUACGGAAGAGGGGGCGGAGAGUGUUUACUUGGAAGCGGGUUGUACGUCGUCGCAACGCAAAACAGCGGAAAUGCGGAGUGCUGCUGUUGCGAAAAUCAGACUUUCGCCUAAUGCAGAAAUUCGCAUUGCGGCAACGCACUUGGACCACCGCUUUGAACAGAGUCGUUUGAUGCAAUUAGAUUUUCUGCUGGGUUCAGCGUUUCCAGCAGAUGUUGAACAGCCUCCACGACGCUGCUUCGAUGUACUUCUCGGUGACUUGAAUGCACUUAAAAAGAAGGACUAUUCGAGUGAGGACUUGAAAGAGAUUGCAGAGGUGCGUGCGCGCUCCUCGUGGGAGAGUCCUCGUUUUGAGGUUACCGAUUUGCUUCAGAAAAGCGGAUGGAAAGAUAGCAUUUUAGGAUCGACGACGAGGACGAUUUCAUCUUCGAAUCAGCAACAGAGACUACAAGAAGCGAACAGCAACACAAAAUAUCAGGAGAAGAUGGAGGGCUCUGGCACAUCGUCUUUGCUGGUUUCUCAGCCACCACGAUGGUCCUUGCAUAGAGGAGGUGGCGUGCAAGGAACGGCUGGACACUAUGAGACGCGAAUUGACUACAUCUGGUUUCGGGAAACACCGAUGACACCUAGUGCGAGGGCGACUACAGAACCAAAAGCGAGCACCACUACCGCAAGCGUCGACAGACCUCCCCUAAACAAGAAAAGGGCACGGGAAGUUAGAUGCAAGAAUUCUGAUUGUACCCCCGUUCAGGUUCUUGGCACGAAAUAUAAUUCGAAGCAUCCUAGUAUUGUUGCAAAGGACUACGAAGUUUUUCAGCCCAAAAGACGCUUCGAGAAAAAUGUCUUUACUGAUCACGCUUGUGUAACUUGUGUUUUAGGAUUCGACAUUGAAGAAGAAAAUAGCGAGUGACACCAAAAACACGCUCCUACCCAAGCACGAGUGAAAUCAUGCAAAAUGCGCUCGUACCCGAGUUAUAUAAUCGGC